AAAUGAAGGUGAAUGUGUCGUGUUCAUCCGUUCAAACUACAAUCGACAUUCUUGAGGAAAAUCAAGGAGAAGACGAAUCUAUUUUGACACUUGGGCAGCUACGCGAUCGAAUCGCCACCGACAAUGAUGUUGAUGUUGAAACCAUGAAGUUGUUGCACAGAGGAAAGUUUCUUCAAGGCGCCGACGAUGUCUCCCUUUCUACUUUAAAUUUUAAAGAAAAUGAUAAAAUCAUUGUGAUGGGUGGAAAAAAUGCUUUGGUUGAUGACGCGGGCUUCAAAAUGCUCAUGCAAUAUGAGAAGCAUAAUUUGAGCAAUCUUCAAAAAGCCUAUGAUCUCAAUUUGAGAGAUGUCGCUGAUUUGGAACGUGGUUUUCUCGAAAAACCAAAGCAGGUCGAGAUGGGGAAAAAGCUGGAAAAGAAAGUGAAAUAUUUCAACGAAGAGGCGGAAAGACAUCUGGAAACUCUUGAUGGGAUGAAUAUUAUCACUGAAACUACUCCCGAAAAUCAGGCUAAGCGAAACCGUGAAAAACGCAAGACGCUCGUAAACGGAAUCCAAACUCUUCUUAAUCAAAAUGACGCACUUCUUCGGAGACUCCAGGAAUAUCAGUCAGUUCUCAACGGAGACAUUCCUGAAUAAUUCUCAAUUGCAUAAAAUUGCUUCGGGUUUUUAUGUUAUGAAACUCAGUUAUAAAUCAAUAAAUUAUAUUCUUAUGCUAUGU